AUUCAUGCAUUUUCUUAUCAAACGUAUUAAUUAAUUGCAAACGUAAACAAUCCGUUGUCUGCGAAAUGCGGCAGGACGAGUUGGAGAUGGCGGAUGUGACGAAAGAGGAAAACGUGCACUUUCCGUACUGCUACAUCUGCAACGCCCCAGAAUUGCAGACCGAAUCGGGAGGUCACUGUCUGUUGUUCCAGGCGGAGGUGGAUGGCUACUCGCCUGCGAAAGCGCUCACCGACAUCCUGCAAAUCAACGUCACGCCGGAACUGUGUCACUCUCAAGUGCUAUGCAUCAAUUGCAACAUGCUCUGCGUAGAGUACACGCAAAUUGUGCAGCGGGCCGAAAUGAUACGGAUCGAGAUGGCGUUCGCUUACAGUCAGACCGUCGAGAAGUUGGCCGGGAUAACCGAGAAGGGCCUGAAGGAAUCGGGUGAUUCAGUGAAGGUAGAAAGUCCCAAGGACGUCUCGGUGAAUGUUGACCACUUCGAGCCGGCACUGCAGACCUUCGAGAAAGCCACAACUCACAGCAGACAAAUGGGCUUCAAGGAUCUCGAAGUGCCGCUCGAUACGUUCCAGUUGUCGAUCGAGGAAGCGUUUUGUAUGGAUGGUUUAGUGUCAGACUCGAUCAUAGAAGAUCCAUCGUACACUACAUUAAUGAACUCGUCGUUGGUUCGUGAUUCGCAACCGCAUCCAUUCCCUGGACCUGGGCCUGGUCAGAUUCUUAGCGCCGCAUCGGAUACGUCCUUUCUUCAAUCAAACGAUGCUUGUAUCAUAAAAGAAACCGAUGAAACCGAUCUGUGCAGUGACGAGAGCAAUCUCAAUCAGCUAUUUGCGGAUCAAAUUGUUGAAAUCAAGAACCCCGACGGUACGUCGGUGUACUGUAUCUAUGAGAGUGGUGGCCUGGGAUCGUACAGCCCCGAGGAGAAUACCGAAAUGGUGAUGAGCGGUGCCUGUGCGGUUGUGACUGAAACCGAGGCAGACUUUGACGCAGUGGAAGAGGAAAGUCAGGCCCUGAUAUCGGAAAGCGUGGAGGAUGAAUCCGAAGAACAGCAAACCACCACAGAUACUGGCGAGAUCCAACCGAACGUGAGUGCGGAUGUGGCAGAACAGCAACUGUCAUCGGCCAAUGUAACUAACCUAAUACACUCGCUCUUUUUCAAAGUUGACGAUAUGUAUUACUGUACCCAGUGUUCAACGAACAACGAAAUGAUCUCGCGUGACUUGAAAAACAUUGUGCACCACCUGAAAGCGGAACACGGGGAAAAAAUAUUCGUCUGCGAGCAGUGUGAUGCCGUGUUCCAAAAACGUUCACAGUACCAGACCCAUUUGGAAGCCCAUCUGGCCAGAGAAUGUUCAAACUUUCGUUGUGAUGUUUGUGGUGCCCAGCUUGAGAACGCUCGUAUGCUUCGGCUGCAUCGGAAAACCCAUGUUCCACCAAGCAAACUGUGGUCUUGCCAGAUGUGCAACAAAAAGUACACGACUAAGAACCUGCUUGAGGUCCACAUGAACAGCCACACCGGAGAGCGGCCUUACAAGUGCAGUAUCUGCGCGAAAGACUUUUCCUCCAAAUAUGUGAUGGCAGUGCACAUGAAAACGCACAACGAUCGAGUCCGGAGCUUCGAAUGCAAGUUGUGCGGUAGUUCAUUCUACAGUCGCAACAAUCUGAGCCAGCACGAGCGCACCCAUUUCGAUAAGAGAGACUACAAGUGUACCGACUGCGGGAAGGGGUUCCUUUCGCAGCAUAACCUUAACGUGCACAAAAUCAUCCACGCCGGCGUCAAACCAUUUACGUGCCGGACGUGCGGAAAAUCUUUCGCCCGAAAAGGUGAAAUUGUCGACCACGAACGGAUUCAUACCGGAGAGAAACCAUUCACAUGCGACUUUUGUCCGGCGAAGUUCGCCCAGCGCUCCAACCUGAUCUCGCACCGUCGGGUGACCCAUUUGAAUGACAAGCGGUACAAGUGCGAGGAAUGUGGCGCCUGCUUCAAGCGCCAAAGACUGCUUCUUUAUCACACCCGCGCAAUGCACACGGGAGAGCGGCCGUACAAGUGUGAACAGUGCGAGGCGACGUUUGUCUAUCCCGAGCACUUCCAGAAACACAAGCGUAUCCACACUGGCAAGAAACCAUACGCGUGUGAGGUGUGCAACAAGACGUUCAACACCCGGGACAACCGAAAUGCGCACCGCUACGUGCACAGCGACAAGAAACCGUUUGAGUGUGUGCUGUGUGGAGCCGGCUUUAUGCGCAAGAUGCAACUGUACGCGCACAUGCAGAAACGUGGCCACCUGAAUGACACCAUCAUCGUGAACCAGCCGCGCAUCAACGCCAACGAUACGCUGGAAUAUACGCACGAACCAGUUACUAGUGAAGGAGGAGGUGAAGAGGAGCAGUUGAUUGACGAAACCAACGACCUGAACGUCAAUAUGCAGAUCAUUUGCGAGGACAACUCGUUAGAUGAUCUUAUCGAAACGGACGAGUACUACCCGAAACAGAAUGACCCAACGACCGAGCACAUGCUGGAUGAAACGAGCAGCAACAGCAUGACAUUGGCCACACAGCUAGACAUCGCACAAAACGAAGACUGGGAAAGUCUGAUCGUGCAAGGCUAAUACAGCCACCGUUUUGAUUUUUACUUGCAUUUAGAACGGGACAGAGUAAAUAGAAAAGAAUGUUGGAGAUGGCUCGCCUUGCCAUUAGCAGUUGCUUUGUAUAUAUCAUUUGUGUCCGCUUUAUACUCGUAAGGCCUAGUUCUACUGUACUGGUUGGAUUAACCAGUAAUUAAUUAAGUAAUUAAGUGCA